AUGUUUAGCGUCAACUCCAUAACCAAAGGAUUGCAAAAGACAUCCAUAACUCAAGUCCGUACAGCCACCAAAAGGGCUGCUGGUUCAAGAACCAAUAAAAAUGAUUCUGCCGGUAGAAGAUUAGGUCCAAAGGUAUUUGAAGGAAAUUUUGUCUCUCCAGGUCAAAUCAUAAUGAGACAAAGAGGUACUAAAAUCCAUCCAGGAGAAAAUUGUGGUAUUGGUAAAGAUCAUACUAUCUUUGCCUUAGAACCAGGAUUCGUCAAGUUUUACUAUGACCCUUUCCAUCCUUUGAGAAAGUACGUGGGUGUAGCUUUAAAGAAAGAUUAUACCUUACCUAAAGAUCAUUUUGACCCAAGAUUGAGAAGAUUUGGUUAUGUUGAAAUAACCGAUGAAGCUGAAGCUUUGAAAGAAGAAUCACGUAUGUCAAGAAAAGAAUACUUACAACAAGCUGAACUCACCAAGAAAAAACAAAUGAGAGCUCAUCAUGACCAAGCUUUAUCAACCACAUUCCAAGAACAAUUAUCACAAUUUGUAGAAUUAUCAGAUGAUGAAGCCACCUUGGCCAUUGAAAGAUUGGUCAACAAUUAUAAGCUCAUCAGAUUAGAUCAUUCAAUCGAAGAUGCUAACCAACAAUCCACUUUCAACUAUAUACUUUCAUUGAAAUCAUUAUUGGCCAACAAUAAGAUCACUCAAGAAGAAUUAACCACUUUGAAAGAAAAAUAUAUUAAAUUGGCUGAAAAAUUAGAUAGAGACGUUACUGUUGAUUUCAGUACCAAACAAUUAACCAAAUACUUGAAUUCAGAACAAAGAUCAGCUUUGAGGAAUGAUAUCAAAGAGAAAUUGAAUGGAUUCAAGAACAAAGUCAUCAGCUCCGAAGAUAAAAAACACAUUGAACAAUUAAUUUCCACACCUUUAGCUUUCAAUAAAGUCGAAAGAGCUGAUUUAACCUCAGAUUAUUUACCUUCAGUAUUACCUGAAUCUGUUGAAGAAACAGUAUUUGAUCCUGAAAAGGGUAUUCCAGAAGGUGGUAAAGUUAUCACCAAAUAUGAUAACACCUUAAGAAAGACCAUCAAAAUCGGUAGAACCAAAGAAGCCUUCUUAAACCAAUUAUAA